GGAUUGUCAUGCUUAAGACUUCUAUAAGUGCUUUGUUAGUGUUAUGAAUCUGGACUUAUCUUAUUAUGUCAUAUAAUUGCUACAAAGUUAAGAGUUGAUAUUUGGCAUUAAAAAUUGCAAUUAUUCAUUUUGGCUAUUGUUCGAAUUUAAAAUACUUCCAUAACAGGAUGAUAUUUCGUGUAUUUGCUUUCCUCUGCCUGGCGCGAGCAUGUAUGACAGCCAUUAAAGAUGGAAGGGAGAUGGACUGCAGUCCUAACUGUGUUUGCUGUAAGGGAAAUUUGACGCGUUGUGGAUAUCAACCUGGCAAAGGGAAUAACUAUUGUUUUGAUGGCUGCAUUGAUGGAAUAUAUGGCCAUAGGUGUCACAAUCCCUGUCCAGAAAACUGUAUUGCAUGCGAUCAAAAUACCCCAGCUACAUGCUACAGUUGCAAGGAUACCUUUUAUGAAUCGAGUAGUUCAUGUUUGAAAACAUGUCAAGUAGGAUGCAAAGGACAAUUAUGUAAUGACAGCGGAAAUUGUGACGAAUGUGCAGCAAAUUUCGAAGGAGAAAAUUGUAACAUGUGCAAACAAGGAAAAUAUGGUACAGACUGUUCCAUGGAUUGUUUUUAUCAAAACUGCCGAUGUUCAGACGAAAAUGGCUGUGACUCCUGUAAAACGGGGUACUAUGACAGCGGCACACUGUGCAAAACACCUUGUUCCCAAGGUUGUCGAAAUGGUGGUUGUAAUGAUGAUGGAAGUUGCCAAUGCCGUAACGAUUUCAUUACUGGUUUAUAUUGCACGGAAUGUAUAAAUGGAUAUUUUGGAGCUGACUGCAAUACCCUUUGCUCUGGAGGUUGCAGAAGUGAAAAUUGUAUGCGAAGCGGAACCUGUUUUCAAUGUAAGUCUGGGAACUAUGGGGACCGAUGCAACAAUACAUGCUCUGUAGGAUGCAGCGGUGGGACAUGCAUGAGAGAUGGGACAUGUGACUGCAUGCAAAACUUCAUUGGCUCAAAAUGUGAAUCAUGUUUAGAGGGAAAAUACGGUAACAAAUGUGAUCAAGAUUGCAGUGUUGGUUGUUCGUCAUCGACAUGUGAAAGAUUUGACGGGAGAUGUGAAUGCCUUCCAAACUUUUCAGGAAAUAAAUGCGAAACAUGCGGAAACGGAUUACAUGGGUUGUCUUGUGAUUUUAAUUGUUCAGAUAAAUGUAUCGGUGGGAUAUGUGCAAAAUCGGAUGGCACAUGCAUAAACGAUUGCGUUAGUGGAUAUUCGGGUAGCACUUGUUCAACACCUUGUGAUAUAAACUGUGCGACAUGUCAACGGUAUGACAAAUCGUACUGUACGUCAUGCCCGAAUGACUAUUCUGGAUCAAUAUGCAGUUGUCCACCUAACUGUCAGUGUAGCACAAACAGUGAUAAAUGCAUCGGUUGUUAUGGUCAGUGGAAACGUGCUGAUUAUCAAUGUACAUGUAAUACAAAGUAUUGCACGGAUACUGGCUGUCACACAUGUAGGAAUAAUACCAUUCUUGUUGAAGGCGACGUAUCUGCAUGUUGUGUUUGCCCUCCAAACUGUAAAGGUGGUUACUGCAUCACAGGACCCAAAUGCUUAGAUGGAUGUGAAGAUGGAUUUUAUGGCAUGGACUGUUCUCAAAAGUGUACCGAUCAGGGGGUUGAAUGUUUACAAUGCAGCCAGGAUGCUGGAAAGUGUUUCUUGUGUAAGAAAGGAUUUUUCCCGACUGAAACUGGAAAUUGUACCAGUUGUAAUGUAAAAUGUAAAAAUGAGCAGUGUGAUUCUAAAACAGGAAAAUGUAUAGAAGGCUGUGUAGGAAAAUUUUGGGGGAACAAAUGCGACACUCAGUGCAAUUCAAAAUGUGGAACAUGUCUUCAAAAAUCCGGAGCGUGUGAGUCAUGUACAGACCUUUCUGUCCAUGGAUCGUACUGCAAUAAAUCUUGCAGCUCAUCGUGCCUCGAAAGCAGGUGCGAGCAAAUCAAUGGUUAUUGUUCCCGUGGAUGCAAUGGGGAUUUUUUUGGAAACAUUUGUGAGGUCAAAUGCCCUGAAAACUGUCUACACAGUGGAUCUGAAACGACCUGUGAUAUAUAUGGCCACUGUACGAGUGGCUGCAGCGAUGGCUAUGUAGGCGAUGACUGUACAGAACAAAAGGGAGCAGUACAAGCGCUACGGGCUGGCCAGCCAAUAGGAGCUAUUGUUGGAAGUGUUAGUAGUGGAGUGGUUAUUAUCAUUGGCAUCAUUGUCGCAAUUUUCUUCUUUCGACGAAGAUAUAUUCGUCUGCAAACUUCCAACAAAAGCAACAGAAACGGUAAUACAACAUAUCAAACUAGCAUUACCGACGACGGAUUAAAUGAAUCAAACGAAAAGAUGUCCCUCAACGAAGGACAGACCAAGAGAGAAUCUUCAAAUAGAAAUAUCACAUCGGCAGCAAGCAAGCCCAUCCCUGUCAAGCAGCAUGCUUCGUCACAUGUGGUAACUACAUCUGAAAUCGAGAUAGACCUGAAGCAAGAUGACGAUAUAAAUUGGGCUAUUGAUAUUUCUUCCAAAGAUGAUCAGACGUAUUAUAAUGAACUUGGGACAUCAACUAACAAAUCCAAAAUACCCAUUGGUCAACUCGACAAGUAUGUUGAUAAAAAGACUAGUGAGGCCUUUAGUAAAGAAUUUGAGAAAUUGUCCAGCGGACUUGUGAAGCCAUAUUUGGAAUCGCAGAAGAAGAAUAAUAUGAGUAAGAAUCGGUACAAAGGAAUAUAUCCAUACGAUGACUCUAGGGUAAAGAUUAGAGGCAGUGGUGAUUCAGCCUACAUAAACGCAAGCUUUAUUGAUGGUUACAAUAAGCCGAGGCAGUAUAUCGCCACAUUAGGUCCAAUGUCUCAACAAUUAGGAGAUUUCACCUUUUUUUGGAAAAUGAUUUGGCAACAGAGGGUUGAGAAGAUUGUCAUGGUUACCAACCUCAUUGAACAAGGGACCCCUAAAUGCGAGCAAUACUGGCCAAACCCUGGAACGGCUAUGACGUAUGGUGAUAUAAAGGUUGAGAGCCGCUCGGAGGAUGAGUAUGCUGAGUUUACAAGGAGGACUUUCACAGUAACUUUUGGAUCAGAGGAAAGGACGUUGCAUCAUUUGCAUUUCACGUGCUGGCCUGACAAAGCGAUACCCGACAAUGUCACUGCGAUGAUAGAGUUCAGACAGCGUGUUUUGAGUACGCCGAGUACACUGAACGGACCAACGGUUGUACAUUGCAGCGCUGGUGUCGGCAGAACAGGCACUUACAUUGCUCUGGAUAUACUGACAAAAGAAGGCGAAGCUGAGAAAGCGAUUGACAUCUCCGGGUGCGUCCAACAAAUGCGUCAGAAGAGGCCGAAUAUGGUUCAGACACUGGGACAGUAUCAGUUUCUGCACACCGCCGUGGUUUAUUCACUAACAUUCGACUGCAAACAAAUCAAGGGAGGAAACUUCAACCAGUACAUGAACAAACACACAGCACGAGUACUAAAUAAACAGUUUGAGCUACUACAGCAUACGCUCGAGACACGAUCUAAUGAUGAAACAGAAGCAGUUGAACGAAAUAAACAGCACCGGAGUAAGAACAGAGCAAACGCCGAUAUCCCGGGUAAUGAAAACAGACCAAGACUUUACCUGAAUCUAAAACCUGGAGCGUCAGACUACAUCAAUGCUGUGUAUAUUCAUAGCUUCAGAAUGAAGAAACGCUACCUGGUAGCACAAACUCCACUUCCAGAAACGGUUAUCGACUUUUUGACACUAGCUGUCCAAGAGAGGUGUUCGUGUAUCGUCAGCUUCGAAGCUUACAUGGACAAACAAAAGAAUAUUGGAAUAUACUACCCUGCGGCCAACCAAGAAGUUUUGAAAAAGGGAACAUUCCAAGUCAGCUGCUCAAGAGAGGAAAAUAAAACAUUCUACGCAGAACGAACAUUGGCAAUACAGCACAAAGGGACGAGAACUGAUCGAACCAUUCCACAUCUUCAAUUUACUGAUUGGGAUGAAAUUGAAAACAAACCACGGUCAACUACCAACUUCCUGUCAUUUCUGAAUGUGAUAGAAAAUGUCAUGAAGCAGCAGGACGACGGACCGAUAUUGGUCCAUUGUUUUGACGGUGCGGGCAAAAGCGGUCUGUUCUGUGUGGUUUCGUUGCUUCUCCACAAAAUGACCGUGGAACACGAAGUCAGUGUACUUAACGCUGUAAGGAAGGUCAAAACCACGCGAAGGCUAGCAAUUCCCAAUCAGGAACAAUUUGUGUUCUGCCUUUUAUGCGUUUCGGAGUACCUUCGUUCGUUCGACGUCUACGCCAACUUUAGCGAUGACACGGGGCAACAUUAAAGUGGUGUCCUGUCGGCUGUCGAGUGUUAAACUGGAGAUAUUGAAGGGAAAAGACAAUGUAAAUAGUAUUAUGUUUGUGUGUUUGGUUCAGGUUAUUGUGCAUACACUUAUACAAUAGUAUGCAAUUAUUUGAAAGCUGACAGAUGUAAGCUAAACUCUAUUUCAUCCAUUAUUGUAUAUGUAUCAAUGAUAUUGAAGUUAUGAACAAAACAUGUCCCGUUAUCCGUUUUAUUAGUGCACUGCUAAAAAAGGUAAACAGGCACUAACUUCCAUUUUAUUUUAUUUUUUAUAAUAAACAUUAAAUGUAUUAAAUGUGAUGAAAUGGUUACCUAUUUAUAGUAUACGUAGGAGAAAUGAAACUAUUGCUAGUUUCUAUUUAACAAACGCAUACUAGUAUGUGUGGUUGUAUUAUUGUAUUUAUUGUUAAAAUGCCAUUCGCCCUUAAUAACAGUGCAUGUUGCACGAUGUCAUUGUGGCCAUAAGCAAAUAGAAAAAGUCCAGAACUCAAUUAAAGAAUCAAUAUGUUAAUAUUUUAAACGUUAGUUAUUCGAAUUUUCAUUGAUAACAUACUCACCCUGCUAUACAUCAUAACACUGAAGAAAGCAAAUUAAAGUAUUAAAAUACUUUAAGCUCGAUUUUUUAUAAGACGAGUAUAUGAUUUUUUGCAAUAACUUUGUUUCUGAGUUAUCAUACAAGGAAACCUACAAGAACUACUGUAGCCAAAUAGAAACAGACGUUACCAUGUUUAAUGUUCGAUAUGAAAAAAUAAAGUUCAGUAUAAUAUGUCAUUGUUUAAAUACAUCCUGGAACAUUUAAAACAAAUGUUUGACACCAAUUUUGUCAGCAGAAUUCAUGUUGUCAUUUGAAUAGCUAUUUUAUCUAUGAUUGCAUCUCCCUUUGCAAAACAUCUUUAUAAAGGUGUGGCAUUAUAUUUUAUGGACAGCCAUAUAUUCAUCUUAUUUUGUUACAUUUCGUUAUGCUUUUAAUACGUGCAUAUUGCUCCGAAUCACAAUGCUCUUUAUGACAAUCAAGAUUGGUAUGGAGUGGUAAUAUUUUAUACAGUUUUUAAUGUUUUUUACCAUUUCUUUUGCACGUACAAAUACAUGUAUGUAUUAUAUAAAUAGUUUGUAUCAAUUUCAUACUUUUUGACUAGCAUGUACAUAGCUUUGGUACUUGAUAUCAUCCUUUAAUACUGUUAAGGGAUAUUAUUGAUGCUAAUCAUUUUAGUAUAACGACUUUCACACCGAUCUGCAAAACCGAACGUUUGAGUAAAUUUGUGAUCUUUUUUUGAAACGUAUUUUUCUUACUGAUUGUUAUUCUUAUUUGGACAUGAAAGGACUUUAACAGUAACAUGAAAAGACAUUUGUAAAACAUUUAAAGAGAAACAUACUGUACUAUGACACAUAAUAUAUUUUGUAUCAUUUGGUCAUUCAAAACAAGUAAAAUUAUUUAAAGAAAGCAUCCAUACACACAUUAUAAUUAAAGCAAUUAAUGUUUUACAUAAUAUGUGUGAAUAGUUUGUGAGAUUUUAUUUGUGCAAUUUCAACAUAAAUAUCAGUAUAGGACUGAUCAGCAUUAGCAUACAUUUAGAAGCAAAGUGUGACUUAAGACAACCAUUUUGAACAUUUUAGGACGUAACAAAUUAUACUUACACAUUUUUGUUGUUUAUCAUUGCGCAAAAGUUUUGUUGGUAUUAUUUGUAGUGCCUAUCAAGUCUCUGGAUAUAGCUAUAGGGGAUUAUGUUGACAAUACUCUUGUUUCGAAAAUAGUUUUAACAUAUGCCUUAUGAGUUCCAUUUACCAUGAUUGGUUAAGGUACUCAUUUACAAAAAUGUUUACUUUGUUUUAUUUUAUAGCCAUUACAGUGCAGUACAACUUCUUCUUAACUGUUCCUCUUUUUGUUUUGUUUUUAUUAUUUGUCCAUGAUUUAUAUUCACAGACAAUGUAUGAAUAUGUUAAUCGUUAUUAAUAAGAGAAGUUAUAUUUGCGUACAUUAACUGUACUAUGAGUUAUUGUUCGUGUGUGUGUAAUGUUUGGUCAACAUACGAUAUUUGUAGCUUAGUUUUUAGUUUUCCUUUAUACGAAUAAAAA